GUCUUGUAUAUCUCACAUAUAUAUGGACUAUGGUUAAUCAAAAGUCUUCCUCCAUCAUUUUCCAAGUCAACUGACGUAUCAAAUGAGUUAUCCUUUUAGACCACUUGAUUCAUCCAUGAUACAUAUCUAUUUGUGAAGACAAUGUAUGUAAUAUGUUACAGUUCACACUACUAGUACUUAACCUUCACCACAUCAAUAGAGAAUCAGUUUUUUUCUUUUUUCUUUUCAUGUUAAGGGUCCUUUACUUUUUCUUCAUAAAAUUGAGAUGACUUCAUUAUAUUUUUUCUGCUUCCUCUUGUAUUGUCACUUCACGCUGAUUUUAUCAGCAGGGCAUGGAAGCGGGUACCAAUAUAACUGUCCACGCUCAUUCAGCUGUGGAGUUCGUGGGACUUUACGUUACCCUUUCACCAAGGUAGAACAACCAGACUGUGGCUCCAUACUGAUAAAUGGCUGUGAUGGCAGUUAUUAUUCACCCAAAUUCAUCAAACUGGACAAGAAUGCAAAAUCCAUAGAGCUAACUAGUGUCAUUGACAGCCAGCAUACCAUUACGAUUUCUGAUCAAGAUUUUUACAAGCGAUUGCAGAAUAAUGUUUGUGAUGCUUUGAAUCACAACUACACUCUUCCUCCCCCUUCUACUUUUGUUUCUUUUUAUAUAGAUUAUAACGUAACUCUCUUCCGAUGCAAUCAUAACCACAAUAUCAAUCCCCCAGCAAACUAUUUUCAACACAAGUGUCCUAACUACGAUAUCUAUUAUUAUAGUAAACCAUAUCCCAAUGUUACUAAAGAGAAGGAACAUAGCUUUUUCUCAUCCUGCUUGCUACUUCAGUUUCCAUCUAAAGAUUUGACUGAUACCAAAAACAUUUUAUCAUUUGUAUCUGGUCAGAUGGUUAUUAAAAUAGUAUUAUCUCGUGAUUGUGAUGAGUGCUGCAACCAUAGAGGAGGCCAAUGUAGGCUUGAUGCCAACAACAUGUUCUACUGUGACAAUGAGCCGAAGAAGAAGAGAAAAUAUUUUAAGCUGCUACUUGGACUUGGAAUAGGUCUAAGCAUUACAUUGUUUGCACUGGGUGUUCUUAUAAUUCGAUGCUGCUCCAGAAGAAAGCAUGCUCCAUCGGACCUCCAGAAUCAAUCGAGAAGCACAUAUACUGAUGCGAUUGAUUCCUACCAUAAUCAAGGUCCAGAAAACGGCACUGUCUACUUUAAAAUCCCUCUGUUCUCUUACAAGGAGCUAGAAGAAGCUACAAAUAAUUUCCACCACGCCAACCAACUUGGAAGCGGAGGCUUUGGAAUAGUUUACUAUGGAAAACUGCGAGAUGGACGUGAAGUUGCUAUUAAGCGCCCAUAUGAACAUAACUGUAGGCGAGUAGAACAGUUCACAAAUGAAAUUGAGAUCCUUGCUCGCACACGCCACACAAAUCUUGUAUCCCUCUAUGGCUGUACUUCAUAUCAUAGUGAUGAACUACUGCUUGUCUACGAACAUGUUCCGAAUCACACUGUUGCUUGUCAUCUCCACGGCGAUUUAGCAAGGUCGGGCAUACUUCCUUGGCAUAUAAGGAUGAAAAUUGCCAUAGAGACAGCAAGUUCACUGGCUUAUCUGCAUGCUUCUGGCAUCAUCCACCGUGACGUGAAAACCAAAAACAUUCUCCUUACAAACAACUUCAGUGUUAAAGUUGCAGAUUUUGGUCUUUCAAGGCUAUUCCCCCUCGAUAUCACCCAUGCUUCCACGGCGCCACAAGGGACACCGGGUUACGUUGAUCCAGAAUAUCAUCAAUGCUACCAGCUUACUAGCAAGAGUGAUGUAUACAGUUUCGGUGUUGUGCUCAUUGAGCUAAUAUCAUCUAAGCUUGCUGUUGAUAUGAACAGGCAUAAGGAUGAGAUUAACUUGUCAAACCUGGCUUUAAAGAAGAUCCAAAAGGGUGCACUUACUGAGUUGGUGGACCCUUAUCUUGGUUUUGAUUCAGACAAUGAGGUUAAGAGGAUGAUAGUUUCAGUGGCAGAGUUGGCUUUUCAAUGUUUGCAAAGGGAAAACGAAUUGAGACCUUCCAUGGAUGAGGUUUUGAAGGUGUUGAUGAGAAUUGAAAGUGGGAAGGAUGUGCCUGAGCAUAUAGUUGAAGAAGAGCGUCCACCCUCUCCACUUUCACCAGAUGGGGAUGAGAUUGAGAUUGAGAUUGGAUUAUUCCAAAAAAUGAUGCCACAGCCAUCACCUACAGCUGUGGUUGAUAAAUGGAAUAGUCAAUCUACUUCAUGGAAUACCAGUGGUCAUUAAUAGCAUAGCCUUGCAUAAUAACAUGCAGCACUGAACAUUAUCAUCUAUAACAAGAGGGCGCAGUUUUUAUUUUGGUCGGCCAGUGAUUGGAUUUUAGCUAUAUUGUCAUUGUAAACGAGUUUAAAUAUAUUGUAUCUUUCAUCUCCCAACUUUUGUAAUUAUCUUAUCUUUUCUUUUUCUUUUCUUGAUAAUGUACGUUAGACAAUAUUUACUUC